AAGCAGGUUUAAACUUGGGACACAAACAUUGCUGGUGUUAUGUGGAAUGCUUACAAGACUUACACUAAGUGUGAGAUGCUGGUGUAUGGUCCAAAAUGAUUUUUGUUUUUCUAGAUUUGUGAAGCAGGUGUGCUGUCAUUCUGAGACUCCUGUCUAUGGAAGUGCAAGGUGUAUAAUAUUGAUGCAACUUUUCAUAAAUAAUGUCAUAGAUUUUUAAAGGAGCUAAAAGUGUAUUAUAGUCUCCCUCUUUGAAAGUGUCUCACUAUACACCUCAGAUAAUCAGACAUCUUAAAACAGACCAACUUUAAAAAAAAUAGAAGGAUCUAAAUCUCAGCUAUCAAAUCUGCAAACCAUAACAACAUCUGAGAUUUCUAUAUUGUACACACUUUGUUUUCCCGACCUCUUUUUUUAACCCAUCAGAAAGAGUCCUGUUAGCUGAGUAGAUAGAUGAGGAAUUACUCUUUCAUAUAUUGCAGUGUCUGAAUAGCUUUCACAGAACUUCUCCCAGGCGUUUGUCAUGUACUAGUCAGGUGUCACCGGAUACUAUGCUUGGACUGAAGUCCAUGGUACUCACCUUGUAUGGUUGUCAUGCUAGAGUGAAAACAAGUCUUGGAUCAAGAAAACCCAAAGGACUCUAGGGUAUCAUCUUUGCAUUUUUGGUUUUGUUUGUUUCAGAUGUUGCCCUUGAGCCCUGGCAGAAAAUUUGAUUCUGACAGCCUUGAUGCUCCUAGUUGACUUGUUUUAUCUUGUAAUUUUUAGGAUUUUGCAUUAAUUAGUGUUUCUCUGGAUCUCACUUUUCCAGUAUAGGGUGCUGAUAUGUCUUUGAUUCUUGCAUAUACUUUACUUUCUGUAUUUUAAAGAUAUAUUUUACAAUACAUGUACUUUUCUUAAGCCUUCCAAUUUAACAACUAGAGUAAUUAGGAAAUCCAAAUGGUGUCAUACUGAUGCAUUACCACCCUACUUUUGCUGGUCCAGUGAAGGCACCAUGGGUUUUAUUCCCUGCCUGCUAACCCAACUAUUUCUAACUGCUAUACAGAAGCAUGCUUGAUGAAGUAUUUGCUGCUGUCUAUUAUUAUUGUAAGUUAUAUUAAUAAUUUCCUUUGUGGGUGUUUUUGCUAAAUUGUGCUGAAAAUUAGGUUAAGGAAUUUAAUAUCUCCUUAAAGCAUAGAUAUUCAUAGGGUUAUGAAUGAAAUAGGAAAAUGAGCUAAAUUAUCAUGAACUGUGCUUGUGUGAUGGUUUAGAGGGGGUUGCAUUCAGAACAGGCCUCCUGUACAAAAAGGCUGCUCCUCUACCUUCUGAACCUUUCCCAUAGAGAAUCAGAAGGACCAUAGGAGAGGCCUGGUACCAAAUUAAUUUCUUAUUAAUCUUGCCCUUGCAGUCUUAAGCAACUGGUGCUAGGACUGUGCAUCAGUCUUGUCAUCUAUAUAUGUAUGUAAGCCUCACUGCAAGCAUCAGAGAGCUUGAGAGGUUAAUCUGGCUGGUGGGAAGGGCAUAGGAGGGAUUCAAAUAAUGGGUCCUUCCAAAAAUUUGGAAGGACUUCAGACAACAAAGGGACGACUAAUUCCCGAUAGUCUAGGCAGCCAAGAAUCAGAGUUCACAUAAGGUUUUGUUUAAGAAGGUCUGGAGGGGUCAUUUUCUAUUUUUUUGAAGGUCUAAAUUUGAAAUAGCAAUUAAUCAAUUUAAACUCAGCUGUUGUCUUACAGGUGCUAAUAGGUGUUUUAAAGCUAGCAGCCUGGCCAAAUUGCAGUCAAGUAGCUAAGUAACUAACUCCUGAAAGUGUCUGUGCCAACAUUACUGGAUGUAUAGACUGUCUGAAGGAUGCAUACAGUUGUGUUGUUUGUGCAUGCUCUUGGUAGAAGAUGGUGAAGGCAUGUUCAUGGCGGUACACAGCUGUUCUUUUUCUGGUAGCUGGGUGCUGAGCUGAGAAAUGGGAGUCAGCAGAGCAAAGCAGCAUUAAAUAGCUUUUAUCUGAACAAAGUGCUACAGGCAGCUGCAGUUCAUUGACUAACGAGAAAUGAAGAAAAGGGCAGCACAAGUGAGUGUUGCUCUGAGAGCUACUUGAAAAGUCACAGCAGCUUUUAACACAGCUAUUUUCAGCAGAGUUUUUACUCUUUCUGGGACAAAGAAGCCUUCCUGGGCCUUCUCUAAAACCUUAAAAAAAUGAAACUACUUCAGCUAUUUCGUAGCAUUUGCUAUCAAAUUUCAGGAGACGUGCACUUAGCACUCACUGUACCACCUGUAGAGUGUACAGACUUCACUAUUGUAAAAGCCUGGGUUUCUUGUUAUGGCUUUAUGAAAUUCAUGACAACGCUGAGAAUGCGGCAAAAAAAGUGACCAUCAGCUCUGUCAGAUAAAGUGCUUAGCUGGAAUCUACUUUUGCUUCCUGAGCCCCAACACAUAGGAAAUACAUAGAACUCAAAAUUAGGAUUUCGUUACACAGCUCUGCCUUACCCCUAUGAGUCGGUGUGUAGCUGUUUAUCUAACUCUAUAGGUGGUGCUAAAGCAGUAACAACCUCAUUGGUGCCUCAGAUAUUUUGCAAUUUCCUAGUCUGAAUUUUUUUGUAAGUGUAGAGGUGGUGUGAAGAGAGGUAGGCUUUUUUUCCUGUAGUCAUUAUGAGGUGACGUGUGCCAAGGUAAGCAAGAUAAAUUGUUGAACAAAGUGCACCUGCAAUUGAAUGUUGCUGAUUUUCACCAAAGAGCAGGCUGGGGAGAGCACACUUGCAGAAGCCUUGAUCUCUGAGGGUUCUGAAGGCUGGAAAAAGCACAAAUCCCAAAAUCUUCACCAUGAAGAGCUCUAGAAAUGUCUUCUAUCUUCUCUUCUUUCAUGCUGCGCUCAGCCUGGAACGUAUCCGGUGGUGCACUGUCUCUGAUCAAGAACUUUCCAAGUGUAAUGACCUGAGUAAGGCCUUUGGUGAGGCUGGCAUCCUUCCCCCUCUGGACUGUACAAAGGGGGGGUCAGCUGCUAACUGUACCCAGAUGAUCAAGGAUGAUUUGGCAGAUGCAGUGACACUGGAUGGCCAUUUGAUUUACCAGGCUGGAAAGGAGUAUGGUCUGAAACCUGUGGUGGGGGAAGUAUAUGAUCAAGAGAUUGGAACUUCCUAUUAUGCCGUGGCUGUGGUAAAGAAGAGUUCCAACAUCACCAUCAACAGCUUGAAGGGUGUCAGGUCAUGUCACACAGGCAUCAACAGAACUGCAGGCUGGGAUGUGCCAGUGGGUUAUCUAAUUGACAGUGGGCGCCUGGCAGCAAUGGGAUGUGACCUUCCAAAAGCUGUAAGUGACUAUUUCAAUGCAAGCUGUGUUCCUGGAGCAAAUGGCGUAAACUAUCCCAAAUCCCUCUGUCAGCUCUGCAAAGGGGAUUCAGCUGGGCAGAACAAAUGCGAACAAAGUUCCCAGGAGCGAUACUAUGACUACAGUGGGGCUUUCAGGUGUUUGGCUGAAGGUGCUGGAGAAGUUGCUUUUGUGAAGCACAGCACAGUGCCUGAAAAUACAGAUGGGAGAAGUCUUUCUUCGUGGGCCCAGCGGCUUCGCUCCCAGGACUUCCAGCUUCUCUGCCGCAAUGGUAACACAGCUGAUGUGACAGAGUGGAGAACCUGCCACCUGGCCCGAAUCCCAGCUCAUGCUGUGGUGGUGCGGCCUGACACAGAUGGGACAGUUGUCUUCCAACUCCUGAAUCAGGGACAACGAAGAUUUAAUGGGGUAGGCACCAAGUUUCAGAUGUUUGACUCCACAGCCUAUGGUGCCCAGAAUCUUCUGUUCAGAGACUUGACCACAGAGCUUGUUGCAAUCACAGCUCAGAAUUACCAGGCAUGGCUGGGUGAUGAGUAUCUUCAUGCUGUGGAAGCCCUGAGCUGUGACCCCAACACAUUGCCAGAAAGCCUGAGCUGGUGUGUUAUAUCCACUGAGGAGAUUUGGAAAUGUGGUGAAAUGGCUGUUGCCUUUAAGAAAAAGAAUUUGAAACCAGCAAUUCAGUGUAUUUCAGCCAAGACAAAGGAACAGUGCAUGGAGCUGAUCCAGAAGAAGGAAAGUGAUGCCGUAGUUCUAGGUGGAGCUGAUAUUUAUACAGCUGGGAAGACAUACGGCCUUGUACCAGCUGCUGGAGAAAGUUACUCUGCUGAUGACAACAGCAAUGCAUACUAUGCUGUGGCAUUAGUGAAACGAAAUCUGUCCAAUGCAUUCACCAUCAGUGACCUGAAAGGGAAGAAGUCCUGCCACACAGGACUGGGGAGAGCCGCUGGAUGGAAUAUCCCCAUUGGUAUGCUAAUUAAGAGGGGCAUUAUUAAGACCAGAGACUGUAAUAUUCCUCAAGCUGUGAGUGAGUUUUUCUCUGCCAGCUGCGUGCCUUCAGCUAAGCAGGACAAUUAUCCACCAAAACUCUGUCAACUGUGUAUUGGAGAUGAUAGUGGAAACAAUAAAUGCAGUGCAGGUAGCCAAGAACGUUAUUACAGCUACAGCGGAGCCUUCAGGUGCCUGGCGGAGGACUCUGGGGAUGUGGCCUUUGUGAAGCACUCGACAGUGUUUGAGAACACAGAUGGUAAAAACACCGAUAGUUGGGCCCAAAACUUGAGGUCCAGUGAUUUCCAGUUACUGUGUCCAAAUGGUGCCCGUGCUGAAGUCACCCAGUUUGCUGAGUGUCACCUGGCUCAGGUGCCAGCUCAGGCUGUUAUGGUUCACCCAGAUACCAGGAUUUUUGCUCUAUAUGGACUACUGGACAAAGCCCAGGUCUACUUUGGAAAUAGCAGCAAUGGAAAUGGAUUCAAAAUGUUUGAUUCUUCAACUUUUCAUGGAAAGAACUUGAUCUUUAAGGAUUCUGCUGUUGAGAUCGUGCCAGUAGAAGAGAGGAGGACGUACGCAAAAUGGCUGGGGAGUGAAUAUAUUGAGUCCAUUGAAGGGAUGCAAACACCACAGUGCUCUGGGGCAGGGCAAGUGCUAACAGCACCUGCUCGUCAGGGGAGUGGGGUGGGGCUGGAAGCUGCCCCUGUCCAUGUGGAUGGGUGGAAUUUGGGGCAGAAGCCAGCAAUACAGUGCCAGCGUGGUUUCCAAGAUCAGUCCAAAACUGGAGCACCUUUGCCAUCGUUGCUGAUGUUGAACCACCCUGGGCUGGAGGAUUCCCAGGUGCUGUUAGAUGGAUACUGGGUUUCUGACCUGUAGAAGAAUUUCUGCAUCUGGGAAGGCAGUAUCAAAAACCUUGUCUAGUGAAUCCUCUCUGGCCUCCUGGCUUGUUACGUUCAGACUCCUACAUCCCUGCUUAUCCCAUCAUACCUUUGCUGGGGGCAACGGUUUCUUCUGAGCUCUGCUGCCAGAAGAGGUAAGUGGACAGAGGAUGGACAGACUAUGGACAGAGAGAUGACCUGCAGUCCAGAAUACAGCUGCUGCCACGGGCAAGGUCCUUCACCUUCCAGUGGAAGAAAGUAGGGGGGAAUCUCCAAAGUCACUGGACAAAAAAGGCGGCCAGAGAGAUUUGGUGGCGACUACCUGUCAGUAGGGAAAAGAACAAAGCCAAAUGUGUGCAUCCACUGAGCUUGUUGACUUUCCACAACCAGUACUCUCACUGCUUGACGGAGAUGUCAUCUGCCCUGUGAUCUUUAAUGUGAUGCAAUCUACAUCUCAACUUCUGGCUGUCCUGGGGUUCCCUCGAGUGCCUGCGCAUUAAACUUGUAUUUGCUGUGAAUGAAACGAAGUAGUUCAGUUCUGAUUAACCGUUGCUCUAUCGACUGGCUUGUACCAUUUGGUUUUUAUUUUUAUCCAUAGCUGCAAUAACAACCAAUGUUGCUGUGCUGCUGGCAGGCAGCGUCCUCCUGACUACAGCUACCACCACCUCAUGAUCCCGGGAUGAAAAGACAUUCAGCGUAAUAAAAACCUGGCAAAAUCAGAUAAUAACAGUAACAGUGUAAAUAAGUGAAAAUAACAAAUAAACAUGAGAAGUCAUUACAAUUUA